AUGUCUUCAGGUUCUGAAAGUCAACAGUCUGAUGUUGAAGAAAGCAACUCACCAAAUAAAUUGGAAUACAAUGUGGUAAUAUUCGGAGAAUCGGGUGCUGGCAAAAGUGCGCUCAUCAAUUUAAUAUAUGAUGAUAUUGUCGUUGAAUCAAGCGAUUGUGUAUUAGGAUGUACAAUGGAUAAUGCAAGAGUUACCGGAUCGAUCAAAGGUUACCCUGAUUUGACAAUCAAUUUAUAUGAUACAGCGGGUCUUUCGGAAAGUACAGAUGGAAACGUACCAACAUCGACAGCUUUCGUUCAAUUAAUUAAACUUGCAUAUGCAAUUCCAAAUGGUAUCAAUUUAUUAAUUUGUUGCCAUUCAAAUCCACGUAUAAGUACCGAACAAUUCAAAGCUAAUUAUCGAAUAUUUGUAGAGAAUUUAUGUGAACAUCGAAUACCAUGUUUAUUUGUACGUACAAAUUGUGAUCAUGAUAAUCCACUAAAUAAAUGGUGGAUAGAAAAUUGUAAUGAUAUUAAGAAUAAGCUGAAAUAUAAUUUUAUCGAUGGUGUUUGUGUAUCAACAAUUAAAAGUUCACCAACUAAUCCAGAUGUCGUAUUAAAUCAGUACUUAAUUUCUCGUACGAAUGUAAUUAGCGCUAUUAAAAAACAUGCUCUUACAACGCCAAUACCCAUCGAUUCAUGGAAACGUAAAGUAAUGAUUAUGGCACGCUCGUUUUAUAAUACGUUAAUCAGAUACGUGGCAUGGUUAGGCUUUCAAGAAGUAUCGUUGCGUCCUGAGCUCGAAGAAAUGUUUCUUAAACUUCAUUUUACACCAGAGGAUGCAAAACAAGAAGCGGCAAAACUAUUGCUAGAAUUAAAUGAAAAAGACUUGAUGGCUCCUUAUCAAGAAAUAAAAACUUCAUAA